GUUAUUGUGUUGCUGAGGCUCCAGAAAGGACUCUUUCUGAGGAGCAAGAUUCUUAUCUGCUGCGAAUUUGACUGGUGUUUCCGGGAUGUUGACUGUUUGUAUGGUUUGGUAGUGAAUCCAACAGCUGGCACUUUUAAAGGAAUCAAAGGCAUACUUCAAGAACUGGUUUUGUGACGCCGACAACUGGUUAGACAGCUCGUAACAAAAUUUAAGCGCUUGACAACUUUUGGAGACAUGAGUCGCUGAUGUACAGCGUUGGAAAGACAUGAUAUCCAAGCCCAGUUAGAGUACUGACGCGUAGUGUUAGAGUUAAGCUUCCAAGAGGGCAAACAUGUCAUCGUUUUACGAAGCAGCUGUUGUCGAAUAAAACAUAAGAAAAACGGCACAUUUGACAGAAACUAAUAGCAAAACUAAAGCGAACAGCGGAAGAGACACAGACAGAGGAAGCCAAGAGGGACGGGAAGUACGUGAUCUUCAAGUCGUGUGACAGAGAAUCUUGUAACAGCAAAACACAAUCAAUGCAAGCUGGUGGGUCAGAGAUCUUUGAGGAGGCAUUUUGAGAAAAACUCAUUUAAAAAACCAAGACUCUGGCAUAUAUAAAAAGUGUAAAAAUAUACGCAUGCUUAAGUCAAGAACCAGGGAAUCAUCCAAAAGAGACGUGUAAUACUGCCUCACCCAAGCCAUCUCAAGGUCAAAUUGAAAAGCCUUCGGUUUUUGAACCAAAUAAAACAGCAAGACAGCGCGGAGAUAUAACAUAAUAACUUCCUUAGUUCAUUGGUAUAAAGUGAUUGAAAUCUAGACUCGGAGCAAGUUUGAUCGUCGAGGGGACACAAGACGCUGUGUUUCUAGAACCUGCUACGAAAAGAAAUCUAAUUUAUUAGAAAAAAAGUGAAAAAAACGGGAGCUUUACUGAGAGACAUCUUGAAGAAAGGAACGCUGAAAAAAGCUCGAUUUUACUGAAUCUGACCUUGUCUUUCAAGGUUUUUAUCAGAUGUACUUAUAAAAUCAAAGUCUGAGGCCAAGUCCCUAAAUCGGUUCCUAGAACGGCUUGUUCAAAUUACAAGCCAUCAUAUGAGCUAUUGACAUUUUACAUUCGAUUGACGGAACACUGAAUUGAAAGUCGCAGGAAUGGAGAACUCAACGUUGUUGACAGAGUCUUUAAACGCUACGGCCAACACAGAAACAUCAAUGAAAGGACUAGUAAUCGUCGAGUACACUCUAUUCGCUAUUAUAUUUAUCGUUGGAGUUGUCGGGAACAUCCUCGUAUGCCUAGUAAUCUUGAAAACACCGAGCAUGCGAAGCACGAGAAAUUAUUUAAUCAUCAACCUAGCCAUUGCUGACAUAACAGUGGCUUUGGUUUGCAUUCCCUUUGAUGUGGUGAUAAAGAUAUAUGGUGAUACAUGGGUACUCGGAGCAGCGCUUUGUAAAAUUAUCUGGCCAUCCAUGACUUUGGUGACCACCUGUUCCGCUGCUACUCUGGCGGCCAUCAGCUAUGACAGAUAUCGUGCAGUAGUUCACCCAUGGAAACCACGACUAACCCAAAGACAAACAGCCAUCGUCAUCUUCAUCACCUGGGUCUUUUCCUCCAUCAUCGUACUUCCUUACGUCGUCGUACUCAAGCUCGACGAACAGGGCUGUAACGAGUACUGGCACAAAGACUUAUACCGGCAAUUAUACACAGCGUUCCUCUUUGUCUUUUCUUACUCACUCCCGCUUGUCAUUAUCGCGUUCGCAUACGUAAGGGUCGCCCUAAAGCUUAAGGAACAGGCUGAAAAGAUCGCCCGAAACAAGAAAGCAAGUGGCGCAAUUUCAAUGACAAAUUACAGCUGGUCCAAAACCGCAAAAGAAGACAUCAGUGAGAAUCUAACAUCGUCGCCUCGUCACUAUAAAAAAGAUUGCGCCCUUCUGCAGGACUUCAACAGUGGAUACGCCAACGACAAGUCAACCCCUUCACCCACCACACCAGAAAAUCCACAAAAAGAGGUGAAAAGACUCGAACGCAACACCAGAAUCGUCAAGAUGUUAGUAACUGUUGUUUUGAUUUACGCGUUGUGUCUUUUGCCCAAUCAACUUGUGUGGAUGUGGAUUGAGUUCGGCGACGGAACAUCAUAUCCGCGGCUCACUACAUUAUUAACUUUCACAGGGAUGCUGGUAUAUAUUAACAGUAUCGUCAACCCUUUUCUUUAUGCAGGGAUGAACGAUGAGUUUAAAAAAGGCUUUGAGAAGCUCCUCUGUUGUAAAAGAGAAUAUGGGAAGAGAUUUUAACGUAUAAUGAUUUUAGAAAAAAUCCUGAGUGAAGAAGCACUAUAUAACCAAGAAGAAAAAGCACUUCUAUACACACAGGGUAGAACAGAAUAUCAUGUCAUUGUCAGUCAUUUUUCACUUGUAUAUUCUCGUUAUAAAUCGUUAGGAAACAGAUUCUAUAACUAUUAAAAACAUGUUGGAAGGGUGAGUUGGUUCUCCGCCUCGAACCAACUAAAACACUAGGCAGAUAAAGCAGAGACGUCAUGUACUAGGGCGAUUAAGUCUGGUUCACACAAGCGUCGUAAUCGUAAUCGGAAGCUAUACACGCAGACUUAGUGGCGUACUGCUCAUCAGUAACAGUGUUUGUCUUUUUUUACAACUGGGUGAUAAAUGCGAUACUGAGUCUGUGUAUGCUGCGYAUGCGUACCAUUCCGAUUCCGUCGCCAGCGUGAACCAGGCCUUAAAGACGGUAACGCAAACAGGUUAUGAUUCUAUCGUACGUGCGUACCGUGGCCUUGACUGCUGACAACUUCAUCAGGACGCGAAAAAAAAAACCAUUAAAGGAGGGUUACUUGCCAGGCACGUUGCCCCAAAACGCUUGCUCAUUGGUCGAGGCAGCAUCGAAACACCACAAAUCCUUCAGCGUCCAGGACUGUAUGGAUGUUUUAGAAGUUAAAACAUACGUAACUUGAUUUUGAAAACUCAGAUUAAUCGUCUUUCUUUCUACUCAAGUAAUAUUAUUGACUAAACUCUGAUUAUGUUGUGACAGUCAAAACGCAGUUCUCAAUGACAGGAAUUUUAACAAUAAAAACUGGAUGAACGUUCGGUACCUCUUUGCAAGAAAUUAAAUUAGUUAUUUAGCUAAAUCGCAUGAUUUAGAUUUAAAGGUAAAAGAAUUUUUAGUCAGAUUUCAGACAAAAGAACUAGAGCUGAUGACAAGAACUUUCUGAUAAUACCGAAGAUCAAAAAGUCAACGUUUGGAGGCCGAAGUUUUAGCUUUACUGCGCCUUAUCUCUGGAAUAACCUGCCUGUUAACAUCAGAUGUGAGCAGAAUAUAAAAACAUUCAAAAAAAGUUGAAAACCUAUCUUUUUUGAACAUUGAGUAUUUCUACAGCAUUCAUUUAGCUAGUCAAUUUUCGCAUCAUUUUGUUUUGCGGAUUAUUUAUUUAACAUUAUUUUUAAUUUAUAUGUAUUUUCCACAAGUUUUAGAUUGAAAUUAUGAACAUUUUACACAUAGUUAUUGUAAAUAUUUUUUUCAUUUUAUUUUACUUUAUAUAUAUAUUUGUUUUAUGUAUGUUAUUAAUGUAAAGCGCUUUACUACGGAUCUCAUUGAACUGUGGCGACACGUCAAAAUUUUGUCUCGCUACCACACCCUAAUUCGUCUACUUACACGCCUACUUUUGUUACAUGUAUUACAGUGAAUACCUUACUGGCAAUGUGCUAGAUCCGAGACAGUGACAAAAGUAGGCGUGUCAGUGGACGAACUAGGGUGUGGUAGCGAGACAAAUUUUUGACGUGUCGCCACAGUUCGGUGAGAUCCGUAGUCAAUAUUGUAUAUAAUGCGCUAUAUAAAUAAUAAAGUUAUUAUUAUUAUUUUAAA